AUGAAACAAAUAGUAGGGAGAAUAUCACAACAUGGGACAUACUCAUUUCGUAUUUAUUACCGAUCCAUCACCGACGCAUUACCUCAUUCGAGGAUAUCCCUACAGCAAAGAUCAAUAGACCAGUCACGCAAAUACACGCUUUCUUCAAUUAAUCAUCAACAACAAAAUCCAAUUCUACGUUCUUCCUUUACAACCCACAAUUUCAACGCGUGCCAUUCACUCCCACUUUCCACUCGCUGUCUUCUCCAUACUUCGACAUGCUCUCCCUAUCGUGAUCUGCCUCGGGAACUACGCAUGUUUCGCAAUGAUGCUGGUUCACAUGCGCAUCCUAUAAAAGAAGUGCAGGAGCAAGAGACAAUAACACACAAGGCAGCUCAAUUCGCAAAAGAAGAGGCAAAAAUGACCGAGCGAGCUACGAAUUCUGCCAAAAAGAAGCCAAUGCUGAUACGUGUAAAAGAUGAAUUGGUACAUUAUUGGCAUGGAACUAAAUUAUUAGGCUUGGAAAUUAAGAUUUCAACCAAGUUGCUAUACAGGUUAUUGAAAGGCGAGAAAUUGACCAGAAGAGAAGUCAGGCAGCUCAAAAGAACAACUCAGGACUUGCUCCGCCUGGUUCCAUUUGCUGUCUUUAUUGUCGUCCCCUUUAUGGAGUUCUUACUUCCAGUAGCUCUCAAAUUGUUCCCCAACAUGUUACCAAGCACGUUCGAAGACAAAUAUGCUCGUGACGAGAAGAAGAGAAAGCUUUUAAAGGUUCGAUUAGAAAUGGCUAAAUUCCUCCAAGAAACUAUUUCCGAGGCUGGAAUCAUGAAGGCAGAUCAGGCUGAUGCAGCAAAAGAAUUUACCGAAUACUUUCGAAAGGUUCGCUCGACGGGAGAACAAGCAUCGACCGAGGAUCUUCUUCGUAUUGCCAAAGUAUUCAAAGACGACUUUAUGUUGGACAAUUUGUCGCGACCACAGUUGGUCAGCAUGUGUCGCUAUAUGAAUAUCAAUGCAUUCGGUACAGAUAACUUUUUGAGAUAUCAGAUAAGUAAUCGUAUGAGAGUAAUCAAGGAAGACGACAAGGAACUCCAACAUGCAUGCCAGUCACGCGGUAUUCGUACCAUUGGCGUGUCUCCCACUCGCUUAAGAAGUGAACUGAAUCAAUGGCUAGACCUUCAUUUAAACCACAAAGUGCCCUCUUCCUUGUUAAUACUUUCACGCGCAUUUAGCUUUGCUGACCGGCUGGAACUGGCUGACCAAGCAGAAGCAUUACAAACGACAUUGUCUAGCUUACCGGACAGCUUGGUUCACGCCGCUCAACUGCAAGUGUCGGAGGCAACAUUUAAAGAAAAGCUAGAACUUAUCGAAGAGCAAGAGGAUCUUAUUGCUGAAGAGAAAGCUCAAGAAGAGAAAGAAGAGGCCGCACGGAAAGCCGAAAAAGAAGCGGCACGGAAAGCCGAAAAAGAAGCCGAAGAAGCGGCACGAGAAGCAGCGCUUGCCGAUAAACUGUUACCAGAUACAACUGUGAAAUUCGAGGACGAGGAAGAUGUGCGCAUGUCUAAGCAGCAGCUUCAAGAGCUUCGCGAAGCUUUGUCGAUCUUGUCGUCUAAAUCAGCAGUUCUUGAAGAGCGAGAAGCUCUCCAUGAACUCAAAGAAGACCGCGAAGAAUACAAAGAAGACAUGCAAGAGCUUCAUGAAAUCGGCGGGGAAGAAUCCAAAGUCUCACAUCGUCUUGGAGAACGUUUAGAGAAAAUGAUAGAAAAGAUUGAUAGAGAGCUCGAACAGUACGACUCGGAAGUUGGAUCCAAAUUCAAUCGAAUUCAAGCCAACGAGUCUGGGCAGAUACGGGUAUCUGACCUCGAAGAGGCGUUGCGAACUAUCAAACAUGCCCCAGGCGACAGUGAGCGGAUCAAGAAGAUUGUGAAAAAAUUAGAUGUAGACAACGACGGGUUGGUUUUCUUGGAUCAUAUUCGUGAGCUUGCGACCGAAGGAGAAGGAUUGGGUGUGUUGGUUGAGGAUGAAAAGGACGAAAAGGUUAAAAAGCCAAAGAAGGAAGAUAUCGUAAAAGAGGACUGA